GUUUACUCUGUUUACUCCGUUUAUAAGGUCACACACACACACAGUACAGUUCUGUUAUUAUUGAUUAUUAUUGAUUAUUAAACUCCUGUUCUCUUAUUACGUCAUCAAUAUACAACCUUAUUAUGUUCAGGAGCUAACGGCUAACGGCUAACGGCUAACAGAAGAAGAAGAAAUGAACCGACACGGAAAGAAAAACGGGAUCCCCGACAGGUGGCGAGAUUAUAAAUCUGUUGGUAAAAGACUUCACGGGACUCGAUUCAUCGCCUUCAAAGUGCCGCUGAAUCAGUCUCUGAACCGCCAGCUUCCCUCUCUGGAGGCGUUCGGUCCCUGGGAGCUGCUGGACGUCCUCAACAAAGACAGACAAGAACUGGGUCUGAUCAUCGAUCUGACCUUCACCAGCCGCUACUACGGACCGCACGACGUCCCGCAGUCGCUGCUGCUGGUGAAGAUCUUCACUCGAGGUCACGAGGUCCCCAGCGACGACACCAUCCUCAGCUUCAAGCGCGCCGUGCGACGGUUCCUACGAGACAACGCCGACAACGACAAGCUGAUCGGCGUCCACUGCACCCACGGCCUGAACCGCACCGGAUACCUGAUCUGCAGGUAUCUGAUAGACGUUGAUGGGAUGGAUCCUAAAGAGGCUGUAGCGUUGUUUAACUCGUCGCGGGGCCACGCUAUCGAAAGACCCAACUACCUGGAAGAUCUCCAGCGUGGACCGAAGAGGAGUAACGAGGGGAUGGAGGAGUCGGAGCAGGAGCCAAUGAGAGGUCGAGCUGCACACCGGCCGUCAGACAGUGACCGCAGAGAGGAGCGACGACCUCACUCCGCCGACUGGUACCACAGGUCUUACCCUCCAACAGGAAACCACCGCUCCCAUCACCAGCACCCCCACGACGGCCUGCUCCCCAGUCCUCCGUUACUACCUCCGCCUCCUUUCUGUCCACCCACGGGCGCCCCGCUGCACCACCACCACCCGUACCGAUGGACCCCGCCUCACCCCGACAGUCAGUGGAGGAGACCCCCCCGCCCAGUGGACAGAAGGAGAGGUCCUCCUCCUCCUCCUCUUCCUCCUCCCCUCCCCCGCUACUCCGCACGCUGGACCAACGAGUCCAACGGCCUGCGUGAGCGACCCGAGGAGGAGUGGGCCGGCCGCCAGAUGAGACCUCACCACAGACACAGAGUGAACACGUACGACAACUACUGACAGACAGCUGGACUCUUCCUUUCAUCUGCUGUUACACUGAAUGUGAUUAAUGAGUCCGAUGUUCACUGGAAACCUUUUUAUCAGCUCAACUCUAAGUCUAUUCUAAUCGAUCGGUAUCGGCUAACAUAAAGCCGAUCAGAAUCCACAGCGUAGAGUUUGACUGGACGGAUGAGGAUCCGGACUGUAGACGUGGAGCAGAGUUCAGACUGGGUUUUACUUCCAGCUGUCGGAGCCGAUGAAUGUUUGUCAGCUCUGAGAUCUUAAUGUGCCUUUUUCAUACUGACCUCAAAUCAGUCCAGUGUUGAUCCCCGCUGCCAAGGAGAACUGUGGACAUGUUUACGGUUUUAUUCUCUUUUUAUUGGACUCUUUUAUAUUUGGUCUUUAUUUUAUCGGCUGCUUCUCACUGAGAGGAUCUGGAACGUGCACAGGUUUACUCUUUCACCUCAGAUUGGAUCCCUUUUUAUUAAAUUCAGACAAUUAGAACUGCAACUAAUGAUUAUUUCCAUCAUCCCUCUAUGUGUUGGUUGUUUUCUUGAUGGAUUAAUUAGUUUGUUGCUCUAUAAAAUGAUGUAAAAUAUAAAAAUAUAACCAUCACAGUUUCCAGAGCCCGGGGUGAUGUGUUCAAUGUGAAGCUGUUUCCAUGUGGAACCAGUUACAUUUUUAUCUUUUUAGUUUAAAAAUGGACUCUCUGUAUUAUCAUUAAAACAUUUGUGAGUUUACAAUAAAGUGUCGCUGUGACGUGAA